AAAACCAACUUCGAGUCCUGUCUUCUUCCAACAAGCUUCUGACCUCCUGACUCACACUGGAAAAGUCCUGGCUCGUUCACAGUGGGCUCGGCCUCUCCGAGAUGCACUCAGUCAGCCCAGCUUCCCACUAUAGCAGUGCCAGCUAGAUGAGAAACCACGUGGUGUGCGAGUGCCCACCGUGGCCUGGCACAUAGUAGGUGCUCAGGAAACACAUCUCAAUGCCGCAGCUUUCUUCUUACACCUCUUACUUGGCAUUGAGGGUGUGUUGUCUUUGUACUCCAUGUGGUUAAAUAUUUACUGUGUGGCAGAGUGCUGUGGGGGAGGCAGAAAUGAACUAAGUGUGGACCCUGCCCUGCAGAAGCUCUGCCUACUGGGACAAGAUAAGACAGGUCCACAGAGAACUGUUACAUAAGAGAGACUGAUCUGGGCCAGAGGAGAUGCUGCAGGGGGACAGGGAAGAAGGGGCUGCCUCGUGGAGAGCCCGGUCGGAUUUGGGGGUGGGAGAGCUGUGGAAAGAGGAGCACAGCCUCCUAGGGAAAGAAGAGCUGAGCUCACGGCAGACCCCCUGGGAGACCUCCAUUCCAGCCAGCUGACUGUCCUGUGCCCACCAUGCAUCCUCAGUCAGUUCUUCACAGCGGCUACUUCCACCCCCUGCUCCGGAACUGGCAGACAGCUGCCACCAGCCUCAGCGCCUCCAACCUCAUCUAUCCCAUCUUUGUCACGGAUGUUCCUGAUGACAAACAGCCCAUCGCCAGCCUUCCAGGAGUGGCCAGGUACGGUGUGAACCGCCUGGAAGAGAUGCUGAAACCCCUGGUGGAAGAGGGCCUGCGCUGUGUCCUGAUCUUCGGUGUCCCCAGCAGAGUUCCCAAGGAUGAGCGGGGCUCCGCAGCCGACUCCGAGGACUCCCCGGCUAUCGAGGCCAUCCGUCUGUUGCGCAAGAAUUUCCCCAACCUCCUGGUGGCCUGCGACGUCUGCCUGUGCCCCUACACCUCCCAUGGUCACUGCGGGCUUCUGAGUGAGAACGGGUCAUUCCAAGCCGAGGAGAGCCGCCAGCGGCUGGCAGAGGUGGCUCUGGCCUAUGCCAAGGCAGGAUGUCAGGUGGUGGCCCCGUCGGACAUGAUGGACGGACGCGUGGAGGCCAUCAAGGGAGCGCUGAUGGCACAUGGAUUCGGCAACAGGGUAUCAGUGAUGAGCUAUAGUGCCAAAUUCGCUUCUUGUUUCUAUGGACCUUUCCGGGACGCGGCUCAGUCGAGCCCGGCCUUCGGAGAUCGCCGCUGCUACCAGCUGCCACCCGGGGCACGAGGCCUGGCCCUCCGCGCAGUGGACCGGGAUGUUCGGGAGGGAGCAGACUUGCUCAUGGUGAAGCCAGGAACGCCCUACCUGGACAUCGUACGGGAGGUGAAGAACAAGCACCCUGAGCUCCCCCUGGCCGUGUACCACGUUUCUGGAGAGUUCGCCAUGCUGUGGCACGGGGCCCAGGCCGGGGCAUUUGAUCUCAAGGCUGCUGUCCUAGAGGUCAUGACUGCCUUCCGCAGAGCAGGUGCCGAUGUCAUCAUCACCUACUACACGCCUCAGCUACUGCAGUGGCUGAAGGAGUGAUGGAGAAAGUGUACCAGGUCCAAGAACUAGAACUUUUCUAUUCCUGAGCCUUGGAGAAGUGAAAACCAAAGUAAACGAUGCUUUUAGAACUGUGCA